AUGCUUCUUGCACCUUUGAGCUCUGCCUUGCAGGAAAUUCUGGAAUCAGCAUCCUCAGAAGCUUUGCUUUCUCAGCUGGUUGCAUCGGUGGCCGACACUACAUUGGUCAGGUAUGUGCAGAGCUGCUUGCAAUACUUUGCCUUGCUUCAGGAUCUGGGAUUUGAUGCAGCUCGGAUCUCACAGGUACAAGCCUAUGAUGUGAUGAUACAGCUUUACAGGUCCCCUGAGGAUGAAGAAGAGGUUCCCACGUCAUGCUUUCCCCUCAAUACGUUGAAGGCUUUGAGGUGGAUGGUCAAGGUGGCCACCAUUUCUUUUCCGGAUCUUUACACAGGCCUCUUUCAUUCAGUGGCUCACCAGCGUAACGAAGCUGAUCGUCGAGAGUCCGUGCCUUUGCCACUGGAUUUUGUUGCUUAUUUGGAGUUUUGCUUGAUCUCAAAUGCUUUUCCUGAUCUGCAAUUGAACAUCGGGGCGCUCCUUGUUAUGAUUUGGGGCUCUCUGCGGUUCAGCGAUGCCAUGCACGUGAAGUGGGGAUCCUUACUUUACGAACACGAGGUGGGCCGUGGAAUUUCUUUCCGGACCAAGACCUCAGUGCGUGGUGCUCCUUUUGGUGUAAUAGGAGUGGGUCUGGUCGGUCCAUGGUUCCCCCUAUGGCUUGCUUUACUGAAAAAUGAAUGGUGUCGUAUUGGUAAUGUGACGGGCCCCGUGGAACCGGAUGCAUUACUUUUCCAUGCGAGCGACGAUGAGCUGUUCGUUCCCAUGACCUAUGGGGAGGGCCUUGCUACUUUACGGGGUCCACCGACUUUCGAGCAGACCACUCAGCUGUGUCCCGCCAUCGAUGUUGAUGUGGAUCUGGCAGGUGCUACUUUCACCUCGGCAUCGGACCCUGGUGAUGUUGUGGCCCCAGAGAAGGCAGCCACACUUCCUUUGCACUCGUCAGGUGAGCCAGGAUCCCCGGAUGAGCUUCUUUUCAUCAUCACUGCCAAGACUAUUCACAAGGCAGUGGUUUGCUCCGAGCUCGAUCGUUGCACUACUUUCCAAGGAGUGCACCUGAAACCUGCUUGUGGGUGUAUAGUCAGUGUCCUCCAAGUGGUGCAUUUUGCACCCACAGGCAAGAAGCUUUGCAGACACAAGGCAUGCUUGGAGCUUUGA